AUGCGGGUGCGCGUCUCUCCCGCGAAGCUGGAUCAGGCAGAAGAGGGCAUGCCUCUUCUGAGCAAGCCUCUGCUCCCCACAACCCAAGAGCUGGUGGUGGAGCUCUGGGCAUUUCGUGCAGACCCGGGGCCUCCAGCGCUGCGGAUUAACAAGCAGGUCGUUGUUAGUGGAAGCCCCGGCUGCGGCAGCCGUUCCUUCUCAACAGUCCUGGACCCUGCACACCAGGGUUCUGGGGAAGUUGACGGCGGCAAGACCCGGCAUCCCCUGAACAACCUGAGAAUAGGGACCAAGUCUGACUUUUCCCGGCACGCCCCCAUGGUGCACCCAGCCCUUGAGUGGCAGGAAAUUGAGGGAAAGAGGAACUCAGCAAGAGGCAGGGAGUGUCAAGAGUGGGGAGAAGGCUGGGCCUGGUCAGGUGGAGGGAGACAGGCAGUGGAGGCAGGAGACAGCUCUUUCCAGAACCUUUGCUUGGGAAGGGGAGCAGAGACAUGGGCUGGCGCUGGAGAGAACCCAGGACAAGGCAGGUCCUUUACAGGGCACAGCGUGGAUCCUGGCCUGGCCGGCCUGCUGGGUCAACGGGCCCCGCGCUCCCGACAGCCUUUCGUGGUUACUUUCUUCAGGGCCAGUCCGAGUCCCAUCCGCACCCCUCGGGCAGUGAGGCCACUGAGGAGGAGGCAGCCGAAGAAAACCAACGAGCUGCCGCAGGCCAACCGACUCCCAGGGAUCUUUGAUGACGUCCACGGCUCCCACGGGCGGCAGGUCUGCCGUCGGCACGAGCUCUACGUCAGCUUCCAGGACCUUGGCUGGCUGGACUGGGUCAUCGCCCCCCAAGGCUACUCGGCCUAUUACUGUGAGGGGGAGUGCUCCUUCCCGCUGGGCUCCUGCAUGAACGCCACCAACCACGCCAUCCUGCAGUCCCUGGUGCACCUGAUGACACCAGAUGCAGUCCCCAAGGCGUGCUGCGCGCCCACCAAGCUAAGCGCCACCUCUGUGCUCUACUAUGACAGCAGCAACAAUGUCAUCCUGCGCAAGCACCGCAACAUGGUGGUCAAGGCCUGCGGCUGUCACUGA